UGAAAAUUUAGUUUGUUUUUGUGUACACGGCCCUAGUUGUUUACAGUUACGGAGAAAAACGAGCGCUCGAAAGUUUUUCACAAAUUCCGCAUUUUUUAAGUUAACUCUUUAGUUUUCCACCUUCCCCAACCGAUCUCCGGGUGCAGCCAAUUGCGGUGCACCAUUUUACGAUAAUUUCUACAAUUUUAAAGGACUUUCCUCCCCGCUGCUAUGAGCUUCGCUGUCAUGAUGGAUUACGAAUUCAAGAUGAAAACCCAGCAGGAGCGAGCAAAAGUGGAGGAACUGUUCGAGUACGAGGGUUGCAAGGUUGGCCGGGGUACGUACGGCCACGUGUACAAGGCGCACCGGAAGGAGAGCAACGACACCAAGGAUUACGCGCUCAAGCAGAUCGAGGGCACCGGGUUGUCGAUGUCCGCCUGCCGGGAGAUUGCGCUGCUGCGGGAGCUCAAGCACACGAACGUGAUCAACCUGAUCCGGGUGUUUCUGUCGCACACGGACCGGAAGGUGUGGUUGUUGUUUGAUUAUGCCGAGCAUGAUUUGUGGCACAUUAUAAAGUUUCACCGGGCGGCGAAGGCGACCAAGAAGCCGGUGAUGGUUCCGAAGGGGAUGGUCAAGUCGCUGCUGUACCAGAUUCUGGACGGGAUUCACUACCUGCACAGUAAUUGGGUGUUGCACCGAGAUUUGAAACCGGCCAACAUUCUGGUGAUGGGCGAGGGCAACGAGAGAGGUCGCGUCAAGAUCGCCGACAUGGGCUUUGCCAGACUGUUCAAUGCUCCGUUGAAGCCGCUGGCCGAUCUGGACCCGGUCGUCGUCACAUUCUGGUAUCGCGCCCCGGAACUGCUGUUGGGAGCUCGACACUACACGAAGGCAAUUGACAUUUGGGCCAUUGGUUGUAUCUUUGCGGAGCUGCUCACGUCGGAGCCGAUCUUCCACUGCCGUCAGGAGGACAUCAAAACCAGCAAUCCGUACCACCACGACCAGCUCGAUCGAAUCUUCAACGUGAUGGGCUUCCCGCAGGACAAGGACUGGGAGGACAUUCGCAAAAUGCCCGAACAUCACACGCUCACUAAGGACUUUAAGCGGUCCAAUUACGCCAACUGUUCGCUGAUCAAGUACAUGGAGCGGCACAAGAUCAAACCGGACAGCAAGGCGUUCCACCUGCUGCAGAAGUUGCUGCUGAUGGACCCGAACAAGCGCAUCACCUCCGAACAGGCCAUGCAGGAUCCGUACUUUUCCGAGGAUCCGAUGCCCACCGGGGACGUGUUUGCCGGUUGUCCAUUCCCCAAGCGGGAGUUCCUCACCGACGAGGACCAGGACCAGGACAAGGGCGAAAGCAAGCGCCAGCAGCAGCAGCAACAGCAACAACAACAACAGCAGCAGCAGCAGCAAGCUAAUCAACAAGCCCAACAAAAUCAGCAGCAACAGCAAGCAAAUCAUCAAAAUCAGCAACAACAACAGCACCAGCAGCAGCAGCAACAACAGCAGAACCAACAGGGUGGCAUGGAUCAUAAUGCCGCGAAAAGGGCACGGAUGGCCGGCCCGGGUGGACAACCCGGCGACUAUCAACAGCAGCAGCAACAACAGCAACAGCAAGCCCAACAGCAGCAGCAGCAACAACAACAACAACAGCAGCAGCAACAGAUGAUGUUCAACAAUCCCCAGCAGGGAGGAUUCCAGCAAAGGUAUUAACUUGACAUUGGCGUGGCGUGGCGAACGCCUAUUUAUUCAAAAUGUAUUUAAUCACUAGACGGAACAA